AUGGAGCAAGACCCCUCCAAAGAACCGGACGUACACCCAGCAUGGCCCGAUACCGGGGCUUCCGGCCUCGUAGAGCUGGUCAGCAGUGAUGAUGUCUCUUUCUUUGUCCCUCGUCUGCUUUUACAGGCUCAUUGUCCUGUUCUGCGAGAGAUGUUCGAGAUUCCCCAAGCCGCCAACUUCCUUCCCGCCCCUCCUUCGCCGCCUCGCCGUUCCUCCUGCCACAAGUCGCCAGCCGAUAUGGCACAGCCCGCACCUCCCCACCCUCGUCACGUUCCAAUUCCACUCACCCAUGAUUUUUACGAGCUGGCCUCUACCCUCGCCUUCUUUCUCGCCAUCAUCUCGGGUGAGACUCGCGGCAGGCUACUCGAAAAAGUCCCUCGAUACCAGAUCCGGAAUUUCCAUGCGACUAUCCUUCUGGCAAAGAAAUGGGAAAGCGCGAUGGUCGUCCACACACUGGAGGCGUGGCUCUGCCGCCUGGCAUUGGACAGAUGGGAUAAUGAGCAAUGGAAGCCCUCCGAUAUCUUCAUCUUGGCUGCCAAAUGCGACAUGCCUCACGUCGCUCGCAUGGUUCUUGAAACAUGGACGCAGGUGAAGAAGGACAGUCCGCUUUGGAAUGCCAGCAAGCACAACAAGGCCAGUAUCGACGCCCACUGGUCCGUGGGCGUUUCCGCCGAAGUAUCAACUCUCAGCCCGAAAAAUUGGACGGUCCAACUCUGGCAGGAGAUAGGCAUGGAUUACAUAUUCGCCUUGGUCAAGAGCGCGCAGGAAAAGCAGGUGGAUCUGCGGGGAAUAGUCUUCCUGAAGGCGCUUGGAAAGUACCCAGAGAUGGCGAAAUCGAAACAGCCCGAGGUCCCGCCCAAGCUGACUUGCGAUGUGUACCCGUCUUGGCCGCGUACUGCUGCCACCGCCCUUGUUGAGUGGAAGAGUUCGGACAAUAUCUCUUUUUUCGUCCCUUAUGCCCUUUUGGCGGGUCAAAGCGAGAGACUUUACUGUCUUCUCGAAGAAUCCCCACGAGCCCCCGAUGACUCCACGCAAGGCAGCCAUCCCAUCUACCAACUCAGCAGCGAAGGAAAGACCACGCCGGCAGCCAGUUUCGCCUUCUUGAUCCGGAUCUUGGAAGGCAGAAGCCUUCAAGAGGUGUUUGACGAGUUCCCGCGUCAUCAAGUUGAAAACUGCUACGAAGCUGUGAUGCUGGCACAUGACUGGGCUUGUCCGUGCGCCGUGAGCACAAUCGAGGCGUUCAUGUUUCGUGUUGCUCUGGACAAGUGGGAGAAUCCUCACUGGAAGUUCUUGGACGUACUUCUAGUCGCUGCCCCAGAAGCCUCUUCGAUGGACCAAGUGGCUCAACUAGUAGUCGAACAGCAUCGCACGAUUACGAAAGCCAGCUCCGGGUGGGAUGCCGCGAAACACGAGGAAGAGCCCUUGGAUAAUUUCUUCGAGUCCUCUAUCUAUCCGAGUGCUUCCAUCCCAUUGGACCCUUUGCAAUGGGACAGGAUCAUCUGGGAGGAACUGGAGAUUUUGUACACCCAUGCUCUGAUCUGUUGCCGUCUUGAGAAGGAUUAUAUCAAGCGGGGAUUCAGGUUUAUGGAUGCCAUCAGGACAGGCAGGUGA